UCCAAAACCAAAUCCAAACCAAACCAAAACAAAAAGCAAAACAACAAAAGAAAAGAAAGAAAAGAAAUAUAAGAAAUAAAAAGGCAACAACAAUACUGCAACAAGUGUGUGUGCUUUGGGGACUGCAAGUGCAACCUUGCUUGCAGCUCUCAAAGCUGAAAAAAUAUUUGCUGUAUUCUGCUGCAUAUUUUCCACCCACUGCCCCAAAAACACAUGCUCUUCCACAUCCCUAUAUAUCUUUUCAAUUUUCAUCAUCAUCAUCACCACCACCAACACCAACUCCAACUCUAGCUCUUCAAAAACUUUCUUAUAUAUUCCUCAACUCUCUUUCCUCUCUUCUGCUGCUACUACCUUUCUUCUAACAACUCACAAAAUGAUCACUCUACUAGACUUCUACCAUGUCAUGACUGCAAUGGUGCCACUCUAUGUGGCUAUGAUUCUAGCCUAUGGCUCAGUCAAGUGGUGGAAGAUUUUCUCCCCUGACCAAUGUUCUGGCAUCAACCGUUUUGUGGCACUCUUUGCAGUGCCUCUUCUCUCCUUCCACUUCAUAGCAUCCAACAACCCUUACAAGAUGAACCUUAGGUUCCUAGCUGCUGACACCCUUCAGAAGAUCAUAAUACUAGUCCUUCUUGCAGUCUGGAGCAACUUCACCAAAAGGGGUUGCUUGGAAUGGACCAUAACCUUGUUCUCCCUCUCCACCCUCCCAAACACCUUGGUCAUGGGGAUCCCUCUGCUCAAAGGUAUGUAUGGUGAGUUCUCGGGGAGCCUCAUGGUGCAGAUUGUGGUCCUUCAGUGCAUCAUUUGGUACACCUUGAUGCUCUUCAUGUUUGAGUUCAGGGGUGCCAGAAUGCUCAUCUCUGAGCAGUUCCCUGACACUGCUGGCUCCAUUGUCUCCAUCCAUGUCGACUCUGAUGUCAUGUCGUUGGAUGGAAGGCAACCUCUUGAGACUGAAGCUGAGAUCAAAGAAGAUGGCAAACUCCAUGUCACUGUGAGGAAAUCCAAUGCCUCAAGAUCAGACAUCUUCUCUAGAAGGUCUCAGGGUCUCUCUUCCACCACUCCACGCCCUUCUAACCUCACAAAUGCAGAGAUAUACUCCUUGCAGUCUUCUAGGAACCCUACGCCAAGAGGCUCUAGCUUCAACCACACUGAUUUCUACUCAAUGAUGGCUGCCGGUGGCAGAAACUCCAACUUUGGUGCCUCUGAUGUUUAUGGCCUUUCAGCUUCAAGAGGGCCAACUCCAAGGCCUUCUAACUACGAUGAAGAUGGUGGCAAGCCAAAGUUUCAUUACCAUGCCGGUGGAACCGGACACUACCCUGCACCGAACCCUGGCAUGUUCUCUCCCUCUAAUGCCUCCAAAAGUGUUGCUGCUGCUGCCGCUAAUGCUAAUGCUAAUGCUAAUGCCAAGAAGCCUAAUGGGCAGGCUCAGCUGAAGCCUGAGGAUGGGAAUAGGGACCUUCACAUGUUUGUUUGGAGUUCAAGCGCUUCACCAGUCUCUGAUGUGUUUGGUGGCCAUGAGUAUAGUGGUCAUGAUCAGAAAGAAGUCAAAUUGAAUGUAUCUCCAGGAAAAGUGGAGAACCAUAGAGACACUCAGGAGGACUACCUGGAGAAAGAUGAGUUCAGCUUUGGGAAUAGAGGAAUGGAGAGGGAGAUGAAUCAGCAUGAGGGUGAGAAAGUUGGAGAUGGGAAGCCAAAAACCAUGCCUCCUGCAAGUGUGAUGACAAGACUUAUAUUGAUUAUGGUGUGGAGAAAACUCAUCAGAAACCCCAACACCUACUCUAGUCUAAUUGGCCUCACUUGGUCUCUUGUUUCAUUCAGGUGGAAUGUAGAGAUGCCUGCCAUAAUAGCAAAGUCUAUCUCCAUAUUGUCAGAUGCAGGGCUUGGCAUGGCCAUGUUCAGUCUUGGUCUCUUCAUGGCUUUGCAACCGAGGAUCAUAGCAUGUGGAAAUUCCAUAGCAGCUUUUGCCAUGGCUGUGAGAUUCCUUACAGGUCCAGCUGUCAUGGCAGCUGCUUCCAUUGCUGUUGGACUCAAAGGUGUUCUCUUACACGUUGCCAUUGUUCAGGCAGCACUUCCCCAAGGAAUUGUCCCAUUUGUCUUUGCUAAGGAAUAUAAUGUACAUCCUGAUAUUCUCAGCACAGCUGUUAUUUUUGGGAUGUUGAUUGCGUUGCCCAUAACUCUGGUGUACUACAUUUUGAUGGGGUUGUGAAUGGAAGAAAUGAUGGAUGAUACAGAAGAUUCACGUGUGCCAUCAUCAACAUCAUCAUCAUCAUCAUCAACAUCAUCCAUGCAAUGCAAGAUCAGUUUCUUGAGGCUUAUUCAGCAUCAGAAAACAAAAGGGUCACAGAAAAGCAUUAGAAAAGCAUCACGAGAAUCGGAUAGGAAGAACCCCAGGAUCAGUUUUUUCUUUACUUUCUUUCUUUCUCUUGAUUUUGUAUUUGUUUUCUUUUUGAAUGAAUUGUCCUUCCUUAGUGAAAAUUAAUGUAAAAUCACGAUGUAGCUAAUUCACAAAAUGAUUGUCUCGUUAAUUAAAUUUUAUAUUAUGAUGACCUCGGA